AUGCCGAGACGAAGGGAGCUGCAGGCCGAGGACCUGGCCAGCGCGCUGCGGCACCUCGACGAGGAGUUCGAGGCGGGCGAGAGGCUGGCCAACGAGCAGACGUGGUGCGCGCCGGUGCCGCGCGAGAGGCAGGUGAGGACGGUGCGGAGGUUCUACCGGGCGUUCCACGACGCAGGCACGCUGCCGAUCGCGACCUGCACGCUAUGCUACCAGAAGCGAGCCAAGGGGGAGCUGAGGGAGAUGGCGUGGGAGGGGUGGUCGCGGAGCAGCGUUGCGGGGGGCGGGCGGUCCCGGGGGGCGUCGCCGGCCAUGCACCUCCACGGGCGGCUCGGCUGCGAGCACGCGUACCCCGACGAGCUGAAGGACCUCACGCCGCUCGAGGAGAAGCUCAUCUCACUCAACUCGUGCUACGGCUUCGUGACGAAGUACAGCAUCCCGGGCGGUCAGAGGCAGAGCGUGAGGUACCCGAGGCACGUCAAGGGCCACAUUACCGUGUUCCCAAACGAUGUGCAGGGCCUAGCCGCUAAGGUGCUGCCGCACCCGCUGCUCCGGGUCAUGGACGAGAUCCACGUCUCGUGGCAGGGUGCCGAGAGGCCCGGGCCGCGCGACCUAUCGGGCCUGCUGUCGGUAAGGCGGUCGGCGGUGGAGAGGGCGCUAGCCUGGCUCAAGGAGAACAAUCCGCUCUACGGCGAGGUCGACAUCGACGCGGCGGAGAUGGCCAGCUGGGGGGCGCCGCCGCACGGGGUGCCGCCAGUGGUGUGCGAGCGGCUAGAGCGAAGCGAGCCGUCGGCGCGGGAGAGGACGCGGACGGCGCAGGUGGUGCCGCCGUCGGAGCGGGCCAUGGACGACGAGGGUGCGGUCGAGAUCGAGGAGGUCCUCACGAUGCUGAGGCAAGGGCGGGACCCCACCGAGGGGAGCAGUGACGUCGGGCUCACGUGCGAGGACGACGACGGGGACGGCGCUAGGCCCGAAGAGGACGGGGACGUAAUCAACGAGGUGACGUCUUCCGGCAUGUUCCCGUUGGACGGGGCGCCAGAGGUGGCCGAUGCUGAGAAGAUUCGCUUCGCCCGCGGUGCCGUCGGGCCCGAGGGAGCGCGCGCCGGCCCGAGGACGUGGGUAGGGACUGCGGCCCGAGAGGCGGAGGGCGAUGGCGGCGACGUCGAGCCGUACAUACAGGUGCGGCGCGGCGAGGAUUUCGCCGACUCGGCGGACGCCUCCUUCUUCGCAAAGGCCUUUCCGACCCUGUUCCCCUUUGGCUUAGGCGGGCCGAGGCUCGCCGACGAGGACGCCACUGGGGAGAGCGCGGGCCCUAGCGUCGGGAACCAGGGCACGCAGGCGGAGCGGGUCGCGGAGGGCCUUAUGUCGACGCGGAACAUGAAGCUCCAAGCAUGGGCCGACGUCGUGCUGCGGCGCCACGGCGGCCGGUUCGCGACGCACCCUAUCUUCGCCUUCCUCGUCUUUAACAUGGGCGUACGGUCUAGGAACCGCCAGGCCAGCAUGCUAGGCGUCACGAGGAAGAACUUCGCAAGGGUCGAGGGCCUGUUAAAGUCGUUAACGGCGCAGAGGCUCGAGGCGGCGAGGGUCGAGCUCGAGGCCACGGGCAUGACUAGCACGACGGGUAUGCGGAAGAAGAUACUAUCCCUCAUCAUAAGGCACGGGGUGCCGGCCAUCUGGUUCACGCUGAACCCGAACGACAUUACAAACCUGGUAAAGUUGCGGCUAGCGGCACACCGCGGCCGCGACCCGGACGAGGCCGAGGCCUUCCUACGAGACCUAGGGACCGCGUAUAAGCGGACGCGGCUGGCCAUAUCGGACCCGAUGAGCUCGGCCGUCUUCUUCCACCGGGAGAUGACGCUCUUCUUCGAGCACUACGUCAACGUCGAGGAGGAGUCGGUGUUCGGGCACGUCAGCGCGUACUACGGCGCGGUUGAGACGAACGAGCGAGGCGCUCUCCACAUCCACGGGCUCCUCUGGCUAAGGGGCAAUGCUGGCCUCGGCGAGGCGCUCGCCGGCCCCGAUACGGAUGAGCAGGCGGCGUACCGGGAUCGCAUCGUCCGCUACGUAGACAGCGUCUUCUCCGAGGAGCUAGACGCAGAAGGUUACUGCGCCGUGCAAGCGGAGCGGUCGGCCACGGCGGACAUAUCGUCGCGGCUCGACGACGUCGCGCGCUUCACGGACACCUUCGACGAGGAGGCCAACUUCUGCGCCGGCGCGACGCAGAUCCACACGCAUAGCGCGACCUGCGCGCCGUGGAGGCUGGUGGAGAGGACGGCGCUGACGGCGGACGGGGUGCUCGAGAUCCGGCGGACGCAUAGCAUGGUGAACCGGUGGAACCGGGCGAUGGCAGUAAGGCUACGGCACAACCACGACAUCUCGUUCAUCGCGACGCAGCGCAAGACCAUGGCCCUAAUCUACUACAUUACCAACUAUGCGACGAAGGUAGAGGACCCCGUGUGGAAGCGUGUGGCCGCCGCGGCCGAGUUCCUUCCCGCGCUAGAGCCGACGGGAGAGGGCAACGGAAGUGGCGCCGACCGCGACGCCGACCGCGACGCCAUAGGGGGGAACAAGACGAGAACAUUCCUGCUCAAGGCGGCGAACCGAGUAUUUACGGAGCGGCCGCUGUCGCAGGUCGAGGUGAUUGCGCACCUCCUAGGGUACCCGGCAGAAUUUAGCAGCGGCUCGGCGUGGGCGUACGUAAACGCGAACCAGCUCUACUGGGCCGUCUUCCGCCGGUGGCGGCACCUCCGACGGGCGAGCGGCGCGGAGGCGACGGGCGACGCGCCGGACGAGACGGUCGUCGUCGAGGAGGCCGGCCCGAGGAUCCCCCUCGUUGAGGCCUACCGGCAUAGGGGCGAGCUCCUACGGGGCCUCUGCCUUUAUGACUACGCAUCGCUCGUAAGGCUAAAGCGAAACGGCCGCGGUGCCGACGGUGGGACGGGCUGGGGCGAGCGGGCGACCGUAUGCCUCGACGGAUACCUCAGCAAGGAGUUUAGCGAGGGAGACGACGAGUCGUGCCACCGAAGGGCGGCGGUACAGCACCUGGCCCUAUUCGUGCCGUGGGAGUCCUUCCUCGGCGAGGAGGCAGGCGACAUCAACGACAUCUGGGCGCGGGCGCGGGAGUCGCUGGCGCCGAGGGUCGCGCGGCUCGCAGACAACGUGCAGCUCCUCCGGCGGUCGGCGGAGGACGCGAAGCGCGACGCCAAGCAGUGGGCCGCCACGGCCGAGGAGGGCGGUAUGACGGCGCCGCAGGCCGGCGACGAAGGCAGGGGGGUGGCCGAGGGGGGCGAGGAGGCGUACCGCGCCGGCGGGGCGGGCGACGCGGCCCGGCUCAUCGACGUCGUCCGGAAUGCCGCCGGCGCGGGACAAGUCACGGCGCAGUCAACAGAGCUGCUAGCGAUGACGCAGCAGCUCUGCCGGUUCCAGCAGUCGGCGCUGGGGUCGGCGGCCGAGCUCGCGGCGACGGUAGUGGCGGAGGAGAGGGCAGGCAGGCGGGUGAACCUACCGGGCUCGGAGCUCUCGGGGGCGGCGCUGCCACGGCAAGAAGAGGUGCGGGCCAUCAAGUCGCAGCAGAGGAGCGCGGCGCGGGAGCGGGAGCGAGCCAUCCAGGGCAUCCAGGGCGGUGGGGCGGCGGCGGGCGUCGGGGCCGACCGCGGCUCGGCUCUUCGCGGGGUGAUGGGGGGCUUCGGCGAGGACGACAUGGACGUAACGGCGGCCGACGGCGACGUAGACGCUGGCACGGCGGCGGGGAUGCGCGUGCGGCUCGGCCCGUCGAGCUCGUUCGUCGCCGCGGGCAGGAAGCUGGCGGGGCAGCUAACGCUCAACGAGAAGCAGGCCAUCGCUCUCCUAAUCGUAUGCCGGCAGCUCGACCGAAUCCGGCAGGGCGACGACGCAGGCGGCGAUGGCGGCGGCCAGCUCUGCCUGUUAAUCGGCGGCGAGGGCGGCACCGGCAAGUCGCGCGUCAUCGAGGCGCUCGUCGAGCUGCUCGCCCGGAGGGACCUAUCGAGCCGGCUGCUGGUGACGGCGACGUCGGGCACGGCGGCAGCACGGAUCAACGGCAUCACACUACACUCGGCCUGCGGCCUUACGGUCGGCCAGGGCGGCCAGGCGGGAGGGGCGACGAGGGACGUAGACGGCGUACGGCUGCCGGGCCAGGGCGAGCGCUUCGUCGACGGCCGGUCGCGGAUGGACUGGCAGGAGAAGGAGGUGCUGGUGAUCGACGAGGUCAGCAUGCUCGGGGCGCGGACGCUGCACGCCGCCAACGAGCAGCUGUGCAGGCUGCGGGGGUCGGCGCGAGACUUCGGCGGCAUCCCGGUGGUGAUCUUCUGUGGCGACUUCCACCAGUUCCGGCCGGUGCAGGAGCGGUCGAUCCUGCCGCCGAGCGCGGCGGUGGCGUGGGACGAGGACGGGGCGUUCGCGGCCGAGCAGCGGCGGCAGCACGACAAGGCGCACGCGCUGUGGCGGCGGUUCACGACGGUCGUCAUGCUGGACGAGCAGAUGCGGGCCGCCGGCGACCCGGAGCUGCGGCGGCUGCUCGGGCGCAUCCGCCGGGGGGGGAGCAGGACCGGCGGCGCUCGCGUUCCGGGCGCGGCGCGGACGGCGGCGCGCAUAUUCCUGUCCGAGCACAAGUGGAGGGAGGGCCUGCCGACGGAGGAGGAGGCGGUGUUAAUGCUGUGCCAGGGCGACGACAGCGCGACGCCGGUGCCGGCCGUCUUCGUUUUCGUGCCGGGCAUGCCAGUCGUCGUGAACCAGAACACGCACCAGGGGCUGAAGCUGGUGAACGGGGCCGGCUACACGGCGGUAGACGUCAUCCCCGACCGGGCCUUCCCCGGCCACUGGGUCUCGGCCGAGCUGACGAUGCACUUCGGGCCGCCGGCGGGCAUCGUGCUGGCUUCGGAGACGACGAGGGACUUCCACUUCGUCGGGAUGCCGGCCGGGACGAUCCUGCUGACGCCCAUCAGCGUCAAGAUCACGGCGCAGCGGAAGCGGCCGUGGCAGCGCAACAACGUCAGCCGGAGGGGCCUGCCGUGCGCGGCGGCUUUCACCUGCACCGACUACAAGGUGCAGGGCGGGACGCUGGAGCGCGUGGCGCUGGAGCUGCGGGGGGCGAGGAUGACGACGGUCGAGGGGAGGGCGGUGCCGUCGCCGUGCGACCCGUACAGCCUGUACGUGCAGUUGUCGCGGUGCCCGACGCUCGACGGCAUCAUGCUCGUAUCGGAGGUGCGGGAGCGGGAUCUAGUCGGGAACCGGGUGCCCGAGGAGAUGACGGCAGCGCAGGCCCGGCUAGAGGAGCUUAGCAGGCAGACGACGCGGGAGGCGGCCGACCGGCUCCGCGGGUAA